ACUCCGUUGAGAAGAGAAGUUUGGUCCAUGCACAAACAACAUCACAAUGUCCGGCUCUGACCGCCUUCCGGAUUACCCGCUCCACUCAGAUUUGGUGAGGAGAUUAACGUCUGCGCUGGACGCCAGGGACGAGGAGAGAGUGAGCCACUUGAUCUGCACCGAAGUGGGGCACGUGGACGCCGUGAUAGAACUGGCCAAUGAUGACUGGAUGAAGGACCCCUCGGCUCAGCUGCCCGCCAGCGUGCUCACAGGUAACCGGAAUGAUCUAAAGCCUCUCAUGAACCGGUUCUUCCAGGAUGCCAACGCGGUGUUUGAGAUCAAGAAGGAUGAGAUGGAGUGGCAGGUGAAAUCCCUAGCCACAUUUGGACUGUCAGGCCUCUGGACCCUAGAGUACAAGCGCGAGCUCACCACGCCCCUGUGCAUCGCUGCGGCCCGUGGCCACACGGCCUGCGUGCGCCACCUGCUCAGCCGCGGCGCGGACCCCGACGCCAGCCCCAGCGGCCAGGGAGCCCUGCACGAGGCCUGCCUGGGGGGCCACACCGCCUGCGCCCAGCUGCUCCUGCAGCACGGCGCCGACCCCGACCUGCUCAGCGCCGAGGGCCUGACGCCCCUGCACCUCUGCCGCACGGCCGCCUCGCUCGGGUGCGCGCAGGCGCUGCUGGAGCACGGCGCUUCGGUGCACCGCGCGAGCGGCGCGGGCCGGGACACGCCGCUGCACGUGGCGGCGCAGCGCGGCCUGGACGAGCACGCGCGCCUCUACCUGCGCUGCGGCGCGCGCGUGGACGCGAGGAACGGCCGCGGCGAGACGCCCCUGAGCGCGGCGUGCGGCCCGGCGCGGCGGCCCGACGAGCACGCGCGCUGCCUGCGCCUGUGCGCGCUCCUGCUGCGGCGCGGGGCGGCGGCGGACGCGCGCGACGAGGACGAGAGCAGCCCACUGCACAAGGCCUGCGGCCGCGCGUGCCCAGAGCUGGCGCGCCUCCUGCUGCGGCACGGCGCCGACGCGGGCGCGCUCGACUAUGGCGGGGCCUCGCCGCUGGCCCGCGCCCUGCAGACGGCCGCCUGCGCGCCCGAGGCCGCGCCGCAGCGCACGGUGCAGGCGCUGCUCAACCACGGCUCCCCCACCGUGUGGCCCGACGCCUUCCCCAAGGUGCUGAAGAUCUGUGCCCCGGCUCCCAUGGUUAUUGAGACUCUGUUCAACGCCUACCCUCAGCUCCGCGUGUCCGAGUCCUGGAGGCAAAUGAUUCCUGAGGAAGUAUCUCAGAUGCACCAGGCCUUCUACCAGUCUUUCUUCGCCUUGGCCCACACCCCACGCUGUCUGCAGCAUCUUUGUCGCUGUGCCAUUCGGAAGUUAUUUGGCAAAAAGUGCUUUCACCUCGUACCCCUGUUACCCUUGCCAAAGUCCCUGCAAAAUUACCUCCUUUUGGAACCAGAGGGUGUUUUGCACUGAAAACCAGAGCGUUUGGACUAAGGCUUCCUUGGGGGGGGCGGGUAGUAAGGCUGCCGUCCAUGGAGGCUGUGUGUUGAGGAGAGCACCGCGGGCGAAGACGGGCAGACCUGGAUGGCACCUCCCACAUCCCCUGGCCGAUGCAGCGGCCUCACUGAGCUUCACCGUCGCUUUGGAAUGGAACUGGUAAUAAAAGGCCUUUCUGCCCCUCCGGGUUGCUUAUGAGGAUCAAGAUUGCAAAUAUAGUAUUUGGAUCAGAAAGUAUUUUUCAACAGAAGUUGAACUAAAAGGUAUACAUAUUUUCCUGCAAAGGGUAAACAACAUCCAUGCUGCCCCUCAGCCUUCAGACUGCCUCACAGGAGCGCCCCACCCUUCCUGGAGCCUGGUCACCUAGAAAGGCUCUGUCCCCAACACAUGACAACAUAUUGAGAGAGGACACCUGUUUCUGUAACAAGUGUGCCCUUCUGCAGCCCACUGGUGCUUCCCAGCUCAUUACAGCCCAGAACUCCCUAAAGGACAUGGGAGAGGUGGUGAGCCCAACAUUGUGAUGCCAUGUGAGUCUUCUAUCUGACACCUUCACCGAACCCCAAUGGAUUCAGCUGCGGCCAAUAGUCCAGGAAGACAGACGCCAGGAAUAGACGGGUUGGUGGAGGUUGCCAUCAGCCUGAGCAUCACAUAACAAGAGAGACGUUCUAAGGGUCAAGGUAUAAACCCUAUAUUUUACUUUCUGUAUUCUGGUGCUUUGACAUCCGGGGCCUUGCUGACGCUGGAGGGACUGCCCCUCCCAGGGUCAGCCAAUUCCUAGAGACAGCUCACCCCCAAACAUGCUUUUCAAAUGCAAACCAACCAAUCCAGAGGACACACCACCCCCUUAAACACCACCUUUCCAGGGCUGUCACACUCUGGGCUACCUUCCACCAGUCCUAACUGUCCCAGGGCGAGGUGCCAGAGAGG